UGUGGAGGAAGAUGGCUGCGGUCCUCGGGCUGUCUCUAACGGCCGCGGCGCUGAGAGCGGUCACUCCCUGGGCAAGGGGCAGCAGGCUCCUUGCGGCCUCUCGAGGACCUCAGGCUCGUCGGGAAGCGUCGUCCUCCAGCCCCGAGGCCGGCGAAGGGCAGAUCCACCUCACCGCCAGCUGCGUCCAGAGACUUCUGGAAAUCACCGAAGGGUCGGAAUUCCUAAGGCUGGAGGUGGAGGGAGGUGGAUGCUCUGGAUUCCAAUACAAAUUUUCCCUGGAUACAAUUAUCAACCCCGACGACAGGGUGUUUGAACAGGGCGGGGCGAGAGUGGUGGUUGACUCUGAUAGCUUGGCCUUCGUGAAAGGGGCCCAGGUGGACUUCAGCCAAGAACUGAUCCGAAGCUCAUUUCAAGUGUUGAACAACCCUCAAGCUCAGCAAGGCUGCUCCUGCGGCUCAUCCUUCUCUGUCAAACUUUGAUGUGAUGACAGGAAUCUCCAUGGAAAGGAUUUUCUAAACCCAGCAGGAGACGUCUCCUUCCUUUGGCACAUUCCCCACUUGGCCUGGCUCCAGGACGCCCACUAGGGGGCAGCAGUGGAUUUUCCAACUACCCUAAGUUCAGUCUCUAUUUCUAACAGAGCAGUAGGGCAGGUCCAAUCUCUCCUCCUAGAGCCAUCAGGGUCCUCCUGCUUCCUAG